AGUCUCCCUCUCUCUCUCUCCAUUUCCACUUGCUGAGAGAACUCAGAGAAGGAGACGCCAUGGAAAGGCUUCUACAACCACCGUCUUUUCGCACAGUUGCUCCCUCCAAAUCCCAACCGAGAGCAUCUCCGUUGUUCCUCCGUGUCCACCGUCUAGACUCGUCCGGUCUUAGCUUUGCCUCCACACGCCGAUCUUUGUCUCGCCGAGUCAGCUCCAUUUCUUGCCUCUCCCGCCAGAUUCCAUCGCCGAAUACGUCUCCAGUACUGAAUCAGACUAGAAAUUUCUCGUCUGAGUCUCCUUCUUCGUGUCCUGAAGCCGAUAAGUCCAAAUCUAAUCCAGGAUUUCUCGAACGGUUCGUGAGGAGUUGCGAGCAGCGAAAGACCAUAUCUGUUGGAACAGUCAUGAUAAUCUCUGCUGUAGCUAUGCUUUUGCUUAACCCCGUUCUUGCGCCACCUGCUUUCGCUAGCUUUCAAGCCACGGCUAAAUCUAGUGGCGCUGCUGCUGUUGGUGGAAAGCUCCUCCGUACUGAGAUACUGACAAGUGCCUGGACUGGUUUCUUUGCUGGUUGCUUACACACGUUGUCUGGACCCGAUCACCUUGCUGCUUUGGCUCCGCUCUCGAUUGGACGGACAAGAAUGGAGAGUGCUGCAGUUGGAGCCCUCUGGGGAUGUGGCCAUGACGCAGGUCAACUUAUCUUUGGUCUUUUGUUUCUACUUCUAAAGGAUAGGCUUCACAUUGAAGUCAUAAGAACUUGGGGUACAAGAGUCGUGGGCUUGACCCUCCUUGUGAUUGGUGCUAUGGGGAUCAAAGAAGCUUCUGAGAUCCCGGAACCAUGUGUGGUUGGUGCCUUGGGUGAUGAGGAAACAGAUGAAAAGAGCUCAAAGAAGAAGAAGAUAGGGUUUGCGACAUUUGCGACCGGGAUUGUUCAUGGGCUGCAACCAGAUGCUCUGAUGAUGGUAUUGCCUGCACUUGCUCUUCCUUCUCGGUUAGCAGGUGCUGCGUUUCUGAUCAUGUUCUUGGUUGGGACGGUGAUUGCAAUGGGAAGCUACACGGUUUUUAUAGGGUCAUGUAGUGAGGCGUUGAAGGAGAAGGUUCCUAGGAUCACAGAGAAACUAACAUGGGCGUCUUCUCUUGUGGCCAUUGGACUUGGAUUGGCGAUUAUCAUCAGCCAGUUCUUUGGAUUCAGCCUGUAUUGAGAGACAAAUAUCGUCCAGUCUUAUGUAGCAUUAGAAGGGUUAGAUUUUUUGCAUGGACCAACAAAAUUUGUAAUUUUGUAUCUUGCUUCUGAAUUUUUUUUCUAUCAAAUAGAUGUUUGAGUUUGGCUGCACAA